AUGGAGCUCACUUGGCUUGCCGACACUCCUCAGUCGCGGAGUAGAACUCGAGCUCUGCGAGCCUGUCCCGCCUGCCAGCGGAGAAAGAAACGAUGUCGACAUCUGACUGCCAAUCCGGACAUUGUGAAUGAUCACUUUUCCCGCAACUCCAGGGGCGGUGUCUCGAGCACCUUCACUGUCGAUACUUCACGUCACCGGUCUUCUCAUUCCCACGCUCCGGGCCGGAUGAGAACUGCGUCUGCGGAUGCGGCCUUGCCAUCAUUUCCUAGCACGGAAAGAUUUGUUGGUGAUCUGAACCCCGAAGCUGUUAUUCGAGAAAGACUAGAUGAGUCUACUGGUAAUCCUCUUCGCGACCGCAUUGGGCUUUGGAUCAGCUCGCAAACCCCAGAGAAUGCUGGCAGCGCGAGAAACAAGCGCCAGACCUCUGGCUCGGAGCCUGUACCUAAUGGCCUGCCCCAAUCAACGCUUGACGGUGACUCGAUAGCAUCGGUUCUGCAUCAACGUUACGGGUCUGCAUUGCAAGCGUGUGGCCCCCUUCCACUCGUGACACGCGAUCCAUUAACGGCUAUCUAUUUCUCAAGGUUUAAUCAUAUCAUUCCCCUCAUCGAAAGGGAUGCUUUCCUACAUGACCAGGCGGAAGGCUUGACCUCGAUUUUUCUCGAGAGAGCCAUCUGCCUUGUCGCUGCCAAAGACGCUGCUGCUUGUUCUCAUUUACACCUCGCGGAGGGUGGGCUACUACAAACCCCACGUCAAUUCUGUAGCGAGGUUUACAAAGGACUUGUCGCAGCCAUGGAUGCAGAACUGGAGACGGAUCGCUUGACUCGCAUCCGUAUACUGGCAUUGAUGUCUCUACACUGUGAAGGAUAUGAAGGAGCGGAGGCGGCUUCGCUUCACCUGUGCCAGGCCAUCCACCAGGCCCAAACGAUAGGUUUACAUUUAGACCGGCCGGACCGAACAUCUGUGGACCCCCUUGCCGAACUUUUCUGGUGUAUGUGGACGUUGGACAAAAUGCAUGCAAGCAUUGGCGGGCGUCCGGUGCUCCUGGCCGAUCGCGAUAUUGGAGUUGCGAAACCCAAUACCCAACCCCAGAACCACGGCGCAUUCGGGGUAUGGCUGGCCAUCUCCGACCUUCUUGCAACCGUCAUAUCCUUUUAUAGACCGUCUGCGGGUACCACGAGCGGAUGGGAAGAGGGAUUUCCUGCCUUUGAAGAUAUCGUGGGAGAGAACGCUCAAGGAGAUUUAGACUAUGCGACUCUGGGUAUCCUGGAGCUCUAUUAUCAUUGCGUGGCAAUUUUGUCCUGUCGAUACAAACUGACCGAGGGCCUUGAUAGCAGUAGAGUCUCGUCUAUACGACAGGGUCUCGCAGCCAUUCGUAUUCAUUUUAUUGUCGCAUCAGAAUGUAGAGGCAAAUUACCACCUUUUCCAAUUGUACCCUACGCAAUUACGUUGUCCAUGGGUGUCUCCUAUCGACAGCUCCGGUCCAGCAAGCUAGUCACUCAUUUCGACCGAGCCAAGGCUAGCCUGGAAGCAUGCUGUUCACUGCUGGAGAAUCUUAGUCCACAGUGGUAUUCUGCGGAGGCAAUGGCUCGUCUGGGAAGGAAAGCAUUGCAACAGAUUGACUAUGAGCAUCAGCGGCACCCAGCAUCAGCACCCUCAGUCUCGCAACCUACAACCGGCGCGGCUCUGACCGUUCCGAUAGCCACUGAAACCUCGAAUGGGAAUGGGAAUGGGAAUGGGAAUGAUGGUCCAGCUCAUGGAGGAACCGAAACCGAUUCGGUCAUGGCACCUAUGGGAUCGGGCCCCGAAGUGCCGAUGGAGAGCCCCCCAGCAGCGAUAGGCGUGCUAGAUACCUCGAUGAACGGAUUUGCAGAUAUUGACACAUUAUUUGGAGAUUUCUUGGACUUAUCCUUGCCGACAAAUUUUUGGGAUCCCAUUUUCGCCGAUGAAGAGCAGACGGAGAUUCAGUGA